ACCCUCGUCGUCCUCAUCGUCUCCGUCCGUCCACUGUUUCCCCCUUUAGCAUACAGGACGGUUAGCACCCGAUACGGUACCAUGUUCGGAGCCGUGUUCCGACUGUCAGCCGCAGGGGCCCGGACUCUAGUUCGGUCACGACCCUGCUACUCAGCUCCAUUGGCCUCCAGAUGUUACUCCCAUGGGGUGGUGGAGACAGAUGAGGAGUUUGAUGCCCGCUGGGUCACUUACUUCAGCAAGCCUGACAUCGAUGCCUGGGAACUGAGGAAAGGCAUGAAUACUCUGAUUGGGUAUGACCUGGUACCCGAGGCCAAGAUCCUGGAUUCGGCACUAAGAGCUUGCCGAAGACUGAAUGACCUAGCCAGUGCCAUCCGCAUCCUUGAGGCUGUUAAGGACAAAGCAGGCCCUCACAAAGACAUCUAUCCCUACCUGAUCCAAGAGCUGAAGCCCACCCUGUCAGAACUCGGCAUCUCAACGCCAGAGGAGCUGGGCAUUGACAAGGUGUAGACUGUCAAGGUAAUUUGAUACAUGAAGAGAUGACCUCUCCUGAUUCUCUCCUGUCAAAUAUGUCUAUAUUGUUGAUUUAACCCAUGCUGUCCUGUUGUGUACAAAAUGGUGGACCUAAUAAAGAUAACCAAUAAUUGAA